AUAGCAAUUUUGUGACCGUAAAUAGCAUUUCAUUUUCUAAAUGUUCACGUUGUAUACAUGGGCAAAUCUCGCAAAAAAAAAAAAAUCAUUGCCUUUAUAGCAAGACAUUUGUAAGUUGUGGGUUUAUUUGCAAAAUAUAGAAGUAGCAUGCCCAAUUUUUUAAUUAAAUGGAUUUGUCAUGCACUUUUUUAUGCAAAUUCCAACAUGUCAAGAAUGAGCUGUUGCAAUUCGUUGACUGCUUGCUUCCGCUAUAUUGGACUUGUUUUACUCCUUGUAUCCAUCCCUCUUGUUCUUUGUUUAAUUUUCCCACGCAAUCAUUUUCAGAAACCAGAAAUCUGCAUCAAUGGCGAUGGAAAAUUCGGAUACUGACAACCGUAUCGACGAUGAAGUAGCAGAAGAAAACGAAAUAGCAGGUCCAAACGACGAGCACGAAGCUCGAGGCACCUGGAAACACGCCGCUUUCCACGUCGCCACUACAAUCGCCACCCCCGCCGCUUACGCCCCGCUCCCUUUCGCCGUCGCCUCCCUCGGCUGGCCACUCGGGGUGAUGAGUUUAGUUGGAGGGACUAUUGCCACGUGGUAUUCUAGUCUGCUGAUUGCUUCUCUGUGGAGAUGGGAUGGGAAGAAGCACACUACUUACAGGCAUCUUGCCAAAAGCAUUUAUGGAUCAUGGGGUUACUGGUCUAUUGCAUUUUUUCAGCAAGUGGCUUCAUUGGGAAAUAAUAUUGCUAUCCAAAUCGCAGCUGGGAGUAGCCUUAAGGCAGUAUACAAAUACUACAAUCCCGAUGGCAGCUUGAGACUGCAGCAUUUCAUUGUAUUUUUUGGUGCGUUUGAAUUAGCUCUCUCUCAGUUCCCGGACAUUCAUUCACUGAGAUGGAUGAACGGUUUGUGCACUCUAAGCACAAUCGGUUUUGCCGGCACAACUAUUGGCGUAACAAUAUAUAAUGGGAAAAGAGAAGAUCGAAAAUCGAUUACGUAUAGUUUGCAAGGAAGUUCAUCUGCUAAAGUAUUUAAAGCCUUCAAUGCUCUAGGUGCAAUUGCCUUCUCAUUUGGAGAUGCAAUGCUCCCAGAAAUACAAAGCACAGUGAGAAAACCUGUGAAAGGGAAUAUGUAUAAAGGUGUAUCAGCAGCAUAUUGUGUUAUAGUUUCGACUUAUUGGCAAUUAGCCUUUUUGGGAUAUUGGGCGUUUGGUUCAGAAGUUGAGCCGUACGUUCUCUCUUCUCUAACGACACCUAAAUGGACUAUUAUAAUGGCUCAUCUAUUCGCUGUCAUUCAAAUAUCGGGAUGCUUUCAGAUCUACUGCAGGCCAACAUAUGCGUAUUUCGAACGAACAACGCAAUAUGGGAAGGCCAAUAACAAGACUUUUAAAGAUUAUAUAUAUCGUCUAUUCUACACAUCAAUAUACAUUGGUUUAAUAACACUAGUUGCCUCUGCAAUGCCGUUCUUCGGUGACUUCGUUUCUAUAUGCGGAGCGAUUGGUUUUACUCCGUUGGAUUUCGUGUUUCCUGUUUUAGCUUAUAUUAAAGCCGGAAAAUUGCCUAGGCGAAAAAAGCUUCGACUCCCAUUGCUGCUACUCAACACUGCUAUUGCUGUAUGGUUUUCGAUAGUUGCGGUGUUGGGCUGUGUAGGUGCAGUUAGAUUUAUUGUACUGGAUAUUAGGGCAUACAAGUUCUUUCAUGAUCUGUGAGAUACUCUGUGCUAAAACAAAUCCAAGUUUAUUUUG